CGGAAGUUCCUGAACAGAAAACGCUCGAAACUGUUGCAGAAAUGAAUAUGUGGAAAACGAUGCAAUUAUAUAUUUUCUAUAUUGUGACAUUCCUUCUAAUGAUAAUCAAGGGGAUAGACUGCCGUCCUGGUUAUAAACACAAAGGACCCAAUCUCGCGGAGCAUAAACGAGACUUGGAUAUUUUAGCUAGAAAAUCUGAUUUGGGUUUGGAGAACUUUUACGCUAAAUGGGGUGUCAUCCCAGCUGGUUAUAUUCUCUUCCACGAGCUUCCACCACUUGAACCCCCAGAGGAGGAGGAAGGAUUAAGGCGAAGGAGGGGUCGGAGGCGUACAGGAUAGCAGAUAUGCGUUGAUGAACACAGUUAACUGUUUCAAUACUGAUUUUUAUGAUAGCAGAGCAGAUUUUUAAUCUUUGACGUCAUCCUAUUUAUCUCUGAAGAGGCCAACAUU